GCCAUUAGAAUAUAGUCUGCCGUGGAUCGUCGGACCGUUCAGUCUUUUUGUGUCGUUCAGUACCAUCCGAUUCGUGUGAUCGACAGCAUCGCUCAACGUUUUUUUUUCAUUUUUUUUCCAAUUCCUUGAAGUAACUCAAAAAAACACAAAUCAAAAUGGCUGAUGAUGAGAAAAAGGCUGCAGCGGCACCAGCUGCCCCCGCUGCCGCAGCAGCUCCAGCUGCUGCCCCUGCAAAGGCCGCCGCCGCCCCAGCCGCCGCCGCCGCCAACGGCAAAGCGGCCGCUGCGCCCGCUGCGAAUGGCAAAGCGGCUGCCGCACCCGCCGCGCCCGCCGGCCCGCCAAAGGAUCCCAACGAUCCCAAAGUGAAGGCCGAGGAGGCUAAGAAGGCUAAACAGGCUGAGAUCGAGCGCAAGCGCGCCGAGGUGCGCAAGCGCAUGGAGGAAGCCUCCAAGGCCAAGAAGGCCAAGAAGGGCUUCAUGACCCCAGAAAGGAAGAAGAAACUGCGGUUGUUGCUGCGCAAGAAAGCCGCUGAGGAAUUGAAGAAAGAGCAGGAACGCAAAGCGGCUGAACGUAGACGCAUCAUUGAAGAACGUUGCGGCAGCCCCAGGAAUCUCAGUGAUGCCAGCGAAGGCGAAUUGCAAGAGAUUUGCGAAGAGUAUUACGAGCGUAUGUAUAUUUGUGAAGGCCAGAAAUGGGAUCUGGAAUACGAAGUCAGGAAAAAAGACUGGGAGAUCAACGAUCUCAAUGCUCAAGUUAACGAUCUUCGCGGCAAAUUCGUUAAGCCAGCCUUGAAGAAGGUGUCCAAAUACGAAAACAAAUUUGCCAAGCUGCAGAAGAAGGCCGCUGAGUUCAACUUCCGCAACCAAUUGAAGGUGGUCAAGAAGAAGGAGUUCACAUUGGAGGAGGAAGAGAAGGAGAAGAAACCCGACUGGUCCAAGGGCAAGCCCGGCGAUGCCAAGGUAAAGGAGGAGGUUGAGGCCGAAGCUUAAGUGUCCACGUCCACGUAGUGUCCACUGUACCACCCGUGACUCCCGCCCUAAACAAUAAUAAUUCAAUACAAUACAAUUAUUUCACCACAAACAAAACAAACAGAAUACAAGAAAAAAAAGCAAAAAGAAAAAGAGAACAGCAAAUCAACAUUUAUCUGAUAUCAAGCAAAAUCGACCUGUAUAUAUAUCACAGUAUACACGCACAAGCACACAUAUAUAUCUAGAUAUAUGUGCGUGUCUGUGUGUGUAUAUGACAGUAUAUAGUAUAUCUGUGCAUAUAUGCUAUAUAUAUGAAGUCAGGAUCAGUGAAUGCGACAAACAUUUCAAGAAAACACCAGCUAUCGAAAAUAAUUCACAUCAUGAAGGAUUCGAAACAACAGCCCAACAUCUGAACGCUCUGAUGAAUUAUUUUUUUUAUUAUAUUUCAUUAAUUACAAAUUCUAUUUUUUAAUGUAAAUUAAACUAAA